ACACGUAUUGGUGCAAAUCUUUUCCACCAUUAUCAAGAGGAAAGUAGACAGGUGACGAGAAUCCUUGCCUAUAAAACCCCAUAGCCAUUCUUAAGUCGUUGUGCCCUUCGAAAGAUUCUCCUGGAUAAUUUUUCUUAAUACCAAAAUGAGUACUCUCUCAAAGAAUUGCCAAAUUAUCUGCUUGGCCUUACUCCUUUUUUUGUCCACUUGGGCCAUUCAUGCUCUUUGCCGCCCUCUUAAUGAGGAAUUUAUCCUGCAAAGGCAUGAGAAAUGGAUGGCUCAACACGGACGCGUCUAUAAAGAUGCACAAGAAAAGGAGAAACGCUAUAAUAUUUUCAAGAACAACUUGGAAUAUAUCGAAAAUUUUAACAAAGAUGUGAACAGUGGAUACAAGCUCGCUAUUAACAAAUUUGCAGAUCUAACAAACGAAGAAUUUCGUGGCUUGUAUACAGGUUACCAGAGGAAAUUUUCAAAAGCAGUAACAACAUCAGAAGACACUUCUUUUAGCAAUGUAAACUUAACAGCUGUGCCAACUAGCUUGGACUGGAGAAAAAGGGGCGCUGUGAACCCUGUGAAAGACCAAGGCAGCUGUGGCAGUUGUUGGGCGUUUUCAGCCGUGGCAGCUGUGGAAGGAAUAACUCAGAUAAAAACUGGCAAGUUAAUAUCAUUGUCAGAGCAGGAGCUCAUCGACUGCGAUACGAAAACUAAGAAUGAAGGAUGUGAAGGGGGUGAUAUGGACACUGCCUUUGAGUUCAUCAAAAACAACGGUGGCCUAACAACUGAGGCCAAUUACCCCUACGAGGAAACAGAUGGCAAUUGCAACACUGUGAAGGCAGCAACAAGCGCAGCCAGGAUCACAGGGUACAAAGAUGUGUCAGCGAACAACGAGAAGGCCUUGCUGCAAGCUGUGGCAAACCAGCCAGUUUCUGUUGCAAUUGAGGGCAGUGGCUACAGUUUCCAGUUUUACUCAAGUGGCAUAUUCACUGGAAACUGUGACACAAAUUUAGACCAUGCUGUUACUGCAAUUGGGUAUGGUAAUAGCACCAGUGGCAUGAAGUACUGGUUGAUCAAGAAUUCUUGGGGCACUAGUUGGGGUGAAAAGGGAUACAUGAAGAUUCAGAGAGAUGUUAGCGCUAAGGAAGGCCUUUGUGGAAUUGCAAUGGAAGCAUCAUAUCCAACAGCAUGAAAAAUCUGUUGGCUUUCUGUCUGUCUAAGCUUAAAUAUUCUCCCAAGAUCAUGCAGUUUAUGUAUGUGUGUGCAGUAGUGUAUGGAAUAAAACUCUGAUGUCAAUAUCAUGUACUUUUAAGUCAAACUUUCUUUCUACUGCCAAUGAAAGCAAAAGAGAGAGAGAGUAAAUAAAUAUACAGGCUGCAUGUAUGUUUCUCCAACAAUUCAGCAAUAAAGUUCGCUCUUGGAAUUUCAUGGUUAA